AUGGGUUCUAUCCCGAGCGAGAUACCCCGCGAGGUUGACAUAUCUGUUGCUUUGGCUGCGUGCGACCUUCCAAACGUAGAACAACAUGUAGAGAAUAUUGCCAACCUCACUGGCGCAGUCGCCAAAGGUAACGACACAGCACGUCUAAGCAUGCUACAGAGCGCCCGUUUACUCGUACAUGCACUGGAGACACCGCGCGAGACCAUGAUCAAACAUUGCUGGGCACAACCAGCCGCCUUCACUGCCCUUACGUACGCAGUUGACUCUGGUCUCUUUGCGUUGUUGGCGCAGAGCAAGAAGUCUCAAAAAGUCUCCGACCUAGCUUUGAAACUAGGACACGAUCCUGCUUUAUUGGGACGGAUCAUGAGGCAUCUCGGCGCGAUGCUAUAUAUCACUGAGACCGGACCUGACGAGUACAAAUCGACCAACUUCUCGGAUGCGCUCACGAUCACUAGCAUGGGCGCUGGCUACCCCUGUGUCGCCGGAGCCUGCAUGGAGUCCUUGGCUAAGUUUCACGAGUUCGCCAAGAAGACCAACUACCGCGAGCCUCACGAUGUCUUCAACGGACCCCUACAGUACGGAUAUAACACCAAACUCGACUGCUUCAGCUGGCUUGCAGCAAACCAUCCAUACGAGAUGCAAUUCGCUCAGCACAUGGGCGCAUACCGUCAGGGCCGACCUAGCUGGAUGGACGAAGGCAUUUACCCGGUGAAGGCACGAUUGGUUGACGGGUUUGACGACUCUGAGAACGGCGUUCUUCUGGUUGAUGUCGGAGGGAGCUUUGGUCAUGACGUUGAUGAGUUCCGGAGGAAGCACCCUCAGGCUCCUGGUAGGCUUGUCGUCCAGGAUCUGCCGACUGUCAUCAGCCAGAUUGAAAAGCUUGACGAGAAGAUUGAGAGGAUGGGACAUGACUUUUUCAAUGAACAACCGAUAAAAGGUGCCCGAGCCUACUACAUGCAUUCGGUCCUCCAUGACUGGCCGGAUAAAAAGUGCGAGGAGAUCCUGGCACGCACCACGGCCGCGAUGAAGCCCGGAUACAGCAAACUGUUGGUCAAUGAGAACUGCAUCACCGAUACUGGUGCCGACUGGCAAAACACAGGACAGGAUAUCAUGAUGUUGACGCUGGUUAGUAGCAAGGAGCGUACACGCGUGGAGUGGCAGAGUCUCUUAGAGAAGGCCGGACUGAGAAUCUUGGACAUCCACGGUGGUGGAAAUGGCGUCGAAAGUCUGAUCGAAUGUGAGUUGGCAUAG